ACGAAAGUAUGUCAACAAAUCGAAAUUAAUUUCCCUGUAAUAAUCAAAUUAACUGGAAGAAUUUGCUCGAUUAAAAAAUAAGCACGUUGAAAUAUAUAGUAGUUCGGAGUUAUAAAAAGUAAAAAAUGGGUCUAUUAAGCAUUUUGAAAAAACUGCGAUCAAAUCCCGAUAAAGAGUUACGUUUGCUUCUCCUUGGUCUUGAUAAUGCUGGCAAGACUACAUUAUUGAAACAACUGGCGUCGGAGGACGUUACUCAUGUCACUCCAACGGCUGGAUUCAAUAUAAAAUCCGUAUUAUCUAGUGGCUUCAAGCUUAAUGUAUGGGAUAUUGGUGGUCAGAGAAAGAUUAGACCUUACUGGAGGAAUUACUUUGAGAAUACUGACAUUCUGAUUUAUGUAGUAGACAGUUCAGACCAUCAAAGACUAGAAGAGACCAGCCAAGAGUUAACAGAAUUACUGCAAGAUGACAAGUUGCGUGGGGUACCACUGUUGGUCUAUGCCAAUAAGCAAGAUUUAUCUACUGCAUUGCCACCGAGCGAAGUGGCGCAACAAUUAGGGCUGCACCUCAUCAGGGAUCGGACCUGGCAGAUACAAGCGUGUGUCGCGACUGACGGCACAGGGGUCAAGGAAGGUAUGGAAUGGGUAUGUAAGAAUAUUCCAGUUAAGAAGUAACUUUUAAUUGCAAUACCUAAUUUAACUAGUAUGUUAUACAAAUAAAAUUCUCACAUUAUAUAAUACUUAAUUGAUAUUUUUGGAAAAUAAGUGCAAUUUAGAGAAUUAAUUUGGACAUUAUAUUUAAAUUAUGUUAUUUAUUGAUAACUUGGUAUGAGUAUUAAUUUUCAAUUUAAAUUUGAGAAGAAACUCAAUUUGAAUGUAUUGAUUGAUAUUUUUUGCUAAUUUCCCGCCGAUUUUGAAGAUUAUUUUUGUAUUCAACAGUUUCUUUAGUAAUCAUGUCAGGAUUGAAGUAGAGGGUUUCUGUGGAACAAAAUAUAUUAGUGUGAUUUUAGUAUAAGUAUAUUAGACUAGUCAAUUUUACUUAUGAUUUUUAUUUGCAACUAGUGGUAUUAAUAUAUCCUAUUAUGAUUUUUGAUAUGUGAUGAUAUCAACACAUGUUUAGUUAUUGCUAGUAUGAGAAGUGUUAACAUUAGGCUACGCUGACUUGACGUUAUUUGAAUAAAAUUAAAAUAAAAAUUAUUUCAAAUAUUAUUCUAGUAUUGAGUUAAUUCAAACUUAAAUAUUACAUUAAUACAAAAAAAACUGCAGUAAUUAAAUAGUUUAUAUCUGUGCCAUUUUUUUUUAUUCUCUUAAUAGGCAAAUACUUUAAAAGAGUAUUUUAAAUGAAUUAUUCUUUAAAUGAAUAUUGCAUUGGUCACGGUAAAAGUAAGCCUGAAAGUAAUAACAGCUAUUACUUAACAUAAUAAUCCCUUGUAACGUAUUUAGUUCUUAAUUAGCAGUUUUAUUACCGUACCUAAAUAUAAUAUUGAAUAAUGUAUCGAAAAAUCAACCGUUAUUG